UUCCACUUUCUCAACCUUUAACUUGUUUCGGCAAAGUCAUGCCUGCCGUUUUCCUCAACGACCCGUGCACAGCACGCCUUCCUGUUUCUUGGCCGGCGGAUCGGAUAAAUGCGAGGAAAAUGCUUGCGAGUCGAACUCGUGAUGUGUAGCGGGGACUUGGUGGGGACGUUAGUUUGGAUGGACUUGGACCUUGUCAUCGACUAAGUCAGUCUCUGUAAACCACUGUAGCGGUGAAGGGCCCUGCGAAUAAAAACGGCGUCCCCUGCAGAGAUCGCGGCGAGGCACUGCCAUGGAUUUCCCAACACUUUGCACCUUUGAGAGUUUCAAGAAAGUCUGGAGCCGCUACGGUUAUUCCAGAGACCUGCGGGACCUGAUAGCUCAGGAGUUCACACGGCUGAAAGGAAUAACGUAUCUGGACCAUGCAGCAGCAACCCUGUACCCAGAGUCACUGGUGAGAGAUUUCUGCCAGGACAUCUCAAGAAAUGUAUACGGUAACCCCCACAGCCGUAGCCCCAGCAGCAGACUGACACAUGACACUGUGGAGCGUGUCAGAUACAGGGUAUUGCAACAUUUCAACACCACCCCUGAGGAAUACUCCGUAAUUUUCGUUUCUGGUUGUACCGAGGCUCUCAAAUUAGUUGCUCUGAGCUUUCCGUGGAGGUCCCGGACUGCAGGCCAGGCCGGGAGUCAUUUCAGCUACCUCACUGACAACCAUACGUCAGUGAUUGGCAUCAGAGGGCUGACCUCUGAGCAGGGUGUAGCUCUCCUCCCAGUGUCACCGCAUGAAGUGGAAAACACAGCCAAGGAAGGGGCUUCAGGGAGAGGUCGUGGUUGCCAGACACCACACCUCUUCUGUUAUCCGGCGCAGAGCAAUUUCUCUGGCAGAAAGUAUCCCCUAAGCCAUGUGAAAGGCAUCCAGGCAAGACGGCUCUACCCGGCCUGUGACCACCCGGGCCGCUGGUUUGUGCUACUCGAUGCUGCCUCUCUUGUCAGCUGCUCCCCUUUAGACCUACAGGAGUGCCCUGCUGAUUUUAUUCCCAUCUCCUUCUACAAGAUGUUUGGUUUCCCUACUGGUCUAGGCGCCCUUCUGAUCCGCAACGACACGGCAGCCAUAUUAAAGAAGGCUUAUUUUGGUGGCGGUACAGCAGCAGCAUAUCUUGCAGGAGAGGAUUAUUACGUGCAAACAGCAAAUAUUUCUGACAGAUUUGAAGAUGGAACCAUAUCAUUCUUGGACAUCAUCGCCCUUAAUCACAGUUUUGAUGCUCUGUACAAGAUCACAGGGGGAAUGGACAACAUCCAGCUGCACACAUUUGGCUUAGCACGCUACACUUACACGGUGCUGUCAAGUCUUUGCCAUGGCAACGGGCGGCCAGUGGCUCAGAUCUACACCGAAGGCCAGUUUGAGAGUCCAAACACACAAGGCGCAAUCCUUAACUUCAACCUGAUGGACUGUCAUGGACAAAUGAUUGGAUACUCUCAGGUGGAUAAACUCGCUAGUCUUUAUGAUAUUCAUGUGCGCACGGGAUGCUUCUGCAACACCGGGGCCUGCCAGUUCUUCCUUGGUAUGACCAAUCAACAGGUUAAGAGAAAUCUACAGGCUGGCCAUGUGUGUGGAGACAGCAUAGACCUGGUGGAUGGCCAACCAACGGGAUCUGUGCGGGUGUCCUUUGGCUAUAUGUCAACCUUUGAAGACUGUCAAAAAUUCCUGAGCUUUGUUGUUGAUUGCUUUGUGGAGAAACCAGUGAAAGUGAACCAAGACAGAAUGCAGAAACUGAAUCAAACCCAAAACUUCAACCAAGAUCCUCCCAUUAAAGUCACUAACCGUACAACUGACCAGGUAGAUGAGAGACAUAAUCCUGUAGUACCAUCAUGGAGUGCAUGUGGAGGCAGCGAGGAAGAUGAAGAUGCAAGAAACCAUGGGGAGGCUAACACUCUGACCAACAUCUAUAUAUAUCCUAUCAAAUCAUGUGGGGCAUUUGAGGUCCAUGACUGGCCAGUAGGACCUUUGGGUCUUUUGUAUGACAGAGGUUGGAUGGUAGUGAAUGGAAAUGGAGUGUGCCUUAGUCAGAAGAGAGAGCCACGCUUAUGCCUUAUUCACCCACAAGUCCGCCUGGACUCAAACAAAUUGCUUCUGCAAACACCAGGGAUGGAUACCAUUUCAGUUCCCCUAGAAAACAAUACUCAGCUGCACACCAGCCAAGAGUUGUGUCAAAGUAGGAUCUGCGGUGACAGGGUGCAGACCGUCGACUGCGGGGAUGAAGCCGCCGCGUGGCUCUCAGAGUUCCUUGGAGAGCCCUGCCGCCUCAUCAGGCAAAGUCCGCAUUUUAUCAGAGACAUGAAAAGGAAGCCGGAUGGAGGGGCCACAUCCACUGCCCUGUCCUUGGUCAAUGAAGCUCAGUAUCUCAUGAUCAACCGCACCAGUGUGGAGUUCAUUCAGAAACAUAUGAGCAGCAGAAACAGAGAGGAAUGUUCUAAUGACCAUCAGCUUCUUGACACAGACAAGCUCAUAAGUCGCUUUAGAGCCAAUUUAGUCGUCACCGGUGUGGAGCCAUUUGAUGAAGACAAUUGGUCAGAUCUGAUUGUUGGGAACACUCGAUUCCAGGUUGCAGGUCGAUGUGAAAGAUGCCAAAUGAUUGGGGUUGACCAGGGCACAGGGAGGAAGACCAAAGAACUGCUGUUGUCUCUUUCUGCCUGUCGCACUGGGAAGGUUAGCCAAAAUGAUUACUGCUGCACCAAGGUGACCUUCGGUGUGUACCUGAACCAUCAUUUUCAAGAGAACUCAUUUGAGGCCAUGACUCUCUCUGUUGGUUCUGUUAUACAGCCAGUGGCAGAUAAUUCUUGCUAAAUUAUCUCUUGUCCACUCUAGCCUUCUAAAUAAAUUAAAAAGAAAACUGGUUUUCUGUGAGUGUUGGAAUACUAGAUCUCUGGAAUACUGAAAUGCCCAAAAAUGUAAUUCAAAUUUCUUCUCAUUGUAGGUUUAUAUAUAUAUGCAAUAUUCUAGUGCUACUUUGAGUAGCUGUUGCAGCUAGAAAAGCGUUAUAUAAAAUGCAACUUGACUUGACCCUGCAGCUUCACAUUUAUUGAUGCGUGUAUGAAUAUUUUCUGCAUUUUUUUUUUUACAUUCAUUGUACAAGCUCCCGGAUGUUUCGCACCACAUUCAGUGCAACAAUACUUUCAAAGACGAGUGUGAGCAAGCGGAUUUCAAAAUUUGUGAUGUGCAAUGUAUAAUUUGAGGGGCUGCAAUGACAAGGUAUAACUACUGAUCUGUGCUUGAGCAAAAGAAAAAAUAAACAAAUAUAUGA